GGUUCUGCUGGCGGGGAGGAGGCGGGUGGUGGGACCGGUAGGGAAGGCUGAGGAGGCGGGCGGGAACCUGUGCUGGGGAAAGCAAGAAGGGAAGAGGAGCAACGUGGGACGAGGAGUUGACGGGAGGAAAGUGCGAGUCCGGGCCCCGGAGAAGGCUGGGAGGGAAGCAGGAACCAGAGCGCGGGCCGGGGAGUGCCUGAAGAAGGGAACCAGUUGCCCGAGGCGGGCGUGAGCUUCGCAGUGGCAAGAAUUUCGUCUGAUUUUCGUCCCCCGGCUCCUGGAGCACGGCCUGGCAUACAACUGGCGCUCCGUAUGUAGUCUUCAGCUCUUAUGGAUUGGGAGCUGGGAAAGGAAUGAGAAGACAGAAGUCAGAGACAAGAAGAGGCUAACAUGACUGAUACCGCUGUAAUUUAGUGUAAGUCAUCUCUUACCUUCCAAGAGAACCUGCUGCUUGGAACCUCCAGAUACGCUUCCCUUCUCAUGGACAUAGCCUCUUCUCCAGCUGCUGCCCCAGUGCUUCCUCUGGGCAUGCAGUGGCCCACCCACUCUGGUGGGUGGAUUUGUCCAAUCCGUCCUCUUUGAUAGGACCCAAGACAACCCAGACAGCCUCCACCCAUGGGGUCUUCACCUAAUGCUAAGGAACUGCCUCUUUUCUAAAGAGGACCCCAAAGGAAGGACUGGUCAUCUCUUUCAUAUCUCAAAACCAUGGCUCAGGGAUCAGUGUCAUUCAAUGAUGUGACUGUGGACUUCACUCAGGAGGAGUGGCAGCACCUGGAUCAUGCUCAGAAGACUCUCUAUAUGGAUGUGAUGUUGGAAAACUAUUGCCACCUCAUCUCUGUGGGGUGUCACAUGACCAAACCUGAUGUGAUCCUCAAGUUGGAACGAGGAGAAGAGCCAUGGACAUCAUUUUCAGGUCAUACCUGCUUGGAAGAAAACUGGAAAGCUGAAGACUUUUUAGUAAAAUUCAAGGAACACCAAGAGAAGUAUUCUAGAUCAGUUGUAAGCAUCAACCACAAAAAACUGGUGAAGGAGAAAAGUAAAAUAUAUGAAAAGACAUUUACUCUAGGCAAAAACCCUGUUAAUUCAAAAAAUCUACCUCCUGAAUAUGAUUCUCAUGGAAGGAUUUUGAAAAAUGUUUCAGAAUUAAUCAUCAGUAAUCUAAAUCCUGCAAGAAAGAGACUUAGUGAGUAUAAUGGAUAUGGGAAAUCACUCUUGAGUACUAAACAAGAGACUACUCAUCCAGAAGUCAAAUCUCAUAAUCAAGGUGACAGAGCUUUCAGUCAUAAUGAAGUUCUUAUGCAGUAUCAGAAAACAGAAACUCCAGCACAGUCAUUUGGAUAUAAUGACUGUGAAAAAUCAUUCCUUAAAAGGGGAGGCCUGAUUACACAUAAUAGACCUUACAGAGGAGAAAAUCCAUCUGUAUAUAAUAAAAAGAGAAGAGCAACCAAUAUUGAAAAAAAACAUACAUGCAAUGAAUGUGGUAAAUCCUUCUGCAGGAAAUCAGUAUUGAUUCUGCAUCAGGGAAUUCACUCAGAAGAAAAGCCCUAUCAAUGUCAUCAAUGUGGAAAUGCAUUUAGAAGGAAAUCAUAUCUCAUUGAUCAUCAGAGGACUCACACAGGAGAGAAACCCUUUGUUUGCAAUGAAUGUGGUAAGUCUUUCCGCCUAAAGACAGCCCUCUCUGAUCAUCAGAGAACACACACAGGGGAGAAAUCAUAUGAAUGUCUGCAAUGUAGGAAUGCCUUCAGAUUGAAGUCACACCUCAUUCGUCAUCAGAGAACUCACACGGGAGAGAAACCAUAUGAGUGUAAUGACUGUGGGAAGUCCUUCCGCCAGAAGACCACACUCUCUCUACAUCAGAGAAUUCAUACAGGUGAGAAACCCUAUAUUUGUAAAGAAUGUGGGAAGUCCUUUCACCAGAAGGCAAAUCUUACUGUACACCAGAGAACUCAUACAGGGGAAAAGCCCUACAUUUGUAAUGAAUGUGGGAAAUCCUUCUCCCAGAAGACAACCCUUGCUCUUCAUGAGAAAACUCAUAAUGAGGAGAAACCCUAUAUUUGUAGUGAAUGUGGAAAGUCCUUCCGCCAGAAGACAACCCUUGUGGCACAUCAGAGAACACAUACAGGGGAGAAAUCUUACGAAUGUCCUCACUGUGGGAAGGCCUUUAGAAUGAAGUCAUACCUCAUUGAUCAUCACCGAACUCACACAGGAGAGAAACCGUAUGAAUGUAAUGAAUGUGGUAAAUCAUUCAGUCAAAAGACAAAUCUCAAUCUACAUCAGAGAAUUCAUACAGGAGAGAAACCCUAUAUUUGUAAUGAAUGUGGGAAGUCCUUUCGCCAGAAAGCAACCCUCACUGUACAUCAGAAAAUACAUACAGGCCAGAAAUCCUAUGAAUGUCCCCAAUGUGGGAAAGCCUUUAGCAGGAAGUCAUAUCUCAUUCAUCAUCAAAGAACUCAUACGGGAGAGAAACCAUAUAAAUGUAGUGAAUGUGGAAAGUGCUUCCGCCAGAAGACAAAUCUUAUUGUACAUCAGAGAACUCACACAGGUGAGAAACCCUAUGUUUGUAAUGAAUGUGGUAAAUCUUUCAGUUAUAAGAGAAACCUCAUUGUCCAUCAAAGAACUCACAAGGGAGAAAACAUUGAAAUGCAAUAAAUGAUGUGGUUUCUUUUUUUUUUU